AUGCGUGACUACUUCAAGUUCGACGUGAAUUUUGUCAUGAAUAUCACAGACGUUGAUGACAAGAUUAUCCUUAGAGCCCGGCAACAGCAUUUAUUCACGGAGUUCACUUCCGAGCACCCUACGAUCGAUGUCGAAGUCUUAGAUGUUGCCAAAAAAGCGUACACUGCAUACCUCAAGAAGAACCUGCCAUUACUGAGCCCAGAUCUGCCCGCGUCCCAAUAUAAGGAUGAAGUAGAGAAGACCUACGCCGUUGUGCUGAAUGGAGGACCCCUACCAGGCAAUGAGAAGGCCGGUGACGAUGAAGCGAAGGCUAAAAUGCACAUUAAAACUGUUGCUUCAGCAGCAAAGGUGAUCGCGGAGGCGGAACGCUCUGGCGAGCAGCCUAAAGGCUUUGCGGAGAAGUUCUACACGGAAGCUCAAGAUCUCCUUCUGCCGUACCUGGAUUCAUUGAGGGGAACCUCGAUCAAUGCAGACGACCAUGGCAUAUUCACCAAGUUGACCAAGAGAUAUGAGGAGCGGUUCAUGAAGGAUAUGCGGGAUCUGAACGUCCUCGACCCCAACGAAAUUACUCGAGUAACUGAGUAUGGUGCAGAGAUUGCUGAUUUCGUGGAGAAAAUCGUGAAGAAUAAAUUCGGCUACGUUACGGAUGAUGGCUCUGUCUACUUUGAUAUUGAAGCUUUCGAGGCUGCUGGCCACCCAUACGCCAGGCUGGAGCCCUGGAACCGUUCGGAUAGCAAGCUUUUGGCUGAAGGUGAAGGCUCCUUGACAAAGAAGGCUACAGAUAAACGAUCUGCAUCUGAUUUCGCCCUUUGGAAGGCUUCGAAGCCUGGUGAGCCUAGCUGGGCGAGUUCCUGGGGUCGAGGAAGACCUGGAUGGCAUAUUGAGUGCUCUGCCAUGGCUUCCGCAAGGUUAGGCAAGCAGAUGGACAUCCAUUCGGGUGGUGUCGACCUUGCGUUCCCUCACCAUGACAACGAACUUGCGCAAAGCGAGGCAUACUGGGCGGACAGCCAUAGCCAUUCACACGACGAACAGUGGGUUAACUAUUUCUUCCACAUGGGACACCUGUCCAUUCAGGGCUCUAAGAUGUCCAAAUCUCUUAAGAACUUCACUACCAUUCGUGAAGCAUUGGAAAGGAAGGAGUGGACCCCACGGAGCUUGAGAAUUGUGUUCCUGCUGGGCGGCUGGAAGGAUGGUGUCGAAAUCACCGAUGACCUUGUCAGCGCUGGUAGCUCGUGGGAGGAGAAGGUGAACAAUUUUUUCAUCAAGAUGAAGGACCCUGCUGCCCUACAAGGCUCCAGUACGGAUGAUACUCUCGCCACUGCUUUGGCAGAUGCCCAGAAGGCUGUCUAUGAGCACCUGUGCGACUCGUUCAACACCCCGGGAGCCAUGUAUGCCAUCUCUGAGCUUAUCACGAAAUACAACAGCGCCGACAAGUCGACUGUGGAUCCCAAGGACGUUGAGGCUGUGGCCCGGUGGGUGACCUCCAUGGUCAAUAUCUUUGGCCUCAAUGGCAACGCUGCUGCCGACAGCCAAGAAAUCGGAUGGUCUGGUAUUGACGUCCCAGAAGAGGCCAAGCCCUUCCUCCACCCAUUGUCAUCCAUGCGUGACUCUCUGCGACAAGCCGCACGGGCGAAGGAAGGAGUCAACGCCAAGGUCAUUGCUGAGAUCGUCGAUCGUGAAGCUCUUCCCGACCAAGAAGUCACUGAGUCAACGAAGCCUUAUGCUGACGUCUUGAGCAAUUUCCGCAACAAAUUGUCGUCACUCGAGGAAUCGACUAACAUUAGCAAGGAGGUUUUGGCACUCUGCGAUCGUGUUCGCGAUAUGGAUUUGUUCGAAGUCGGCGUGUAUCUCGAAGAUCGAGACAACUUGCCUGCACUCGUUCGCCCGGUGACACGUGAGUUGAUCCAGGCUCGGGAAGAGAAGGCCAAGCGGGCACAGCAAAAGCAGCUCGAAAAGGAGAAGAAGGAAAAGGAAGCCUUGGAAAGGUUGCAGAAGGGCAAGCUUAGCCACCUGGAGAUGUUCCGGACAAAUGAGUAUAGCGCGUGGGAUGACGAAGGUCUCCCCACCCGCGAUGCGGCCGGCGAGGAGAUCGCUAAGAGCCGGGGUAAGAAGCUUCGGAAAGACUGGGAGAGACAGAAGAAGCUGCACGAGCAGUGGCUGGCCAGCCAAAUGGGAGCAAAAUAA